AUGAAACUCUGGCGCCCCGUAGGCUUCGACGAAGAAUACAGAGAAUCCGCACGAGCGAGCUCCAUGAUCCCCUACCUCCACGAACAAAUCCGCCUAUCGCGCAUCAUCGAGAGAAUGAUGUCGACGCUCUUCUCUCCGCGCUCCAACCUAGACGACCUUGGUCGGCGAGUCUGCUUCGAUAACCUGAACCUAGACCUCAACCGGUGGCGCGAAUCGCUGCCCGACUUUGCAAAGUGGCAUAAAUGGGGUGGAUCGUCCUCGAAGACGAUACCAGGAGUGUUGGCAUUGCAUGUUCGCAUCGCCUUGAACUAUGACCAGGCCAUGGCAUCUGGGGGAAGCGACGCGGACGAAAGGCCACGGUCUUACUGCGUCACAUCCGCGCAGCACGUCACUUCCCUGGUGCGCACCUAUCGAAGUCAGUACGGGCUUCAACAUGCACCACUCGUGUUUGUAUACGGCGCUGUCCAAGCGAGUCGCUCGGCCAAGGCAUUUAACAUCACAGAAGAGAACCAGUAUCUGAUCCAGAUGUUGGGAGAACUAUCAUCGGCUUGGAGCCUGUCAAGAGAAGUCAUGGCCAAAGUAUUGGACUGCUAA